GCCUGAUCCAUUUGCUUUUCCCAAGGUUUGCGGAACCCUGUUGGUCAACUGACUUGGAACAUGUUUCGGCCCAUCCUUCGAGCUCAGCUGGCGCAGCCGCUGAUGUGCAAGUGCAUGCAAAGACGCAACAGGAUUGGCGUCGUGCUUGACAUUGAUGGUGUUGUGAAGCAGGGAAAGAGAGCUAUCCCUGGCGCAAGGGAGGCUUUGAUAAGACUUCGAGAGGAGCGGGUGCCCUUCAUCUUCAUGACCAACGGAGGUGGCAACACCGAGGCGCAGAAGGCCGCCGAGCUGGGAGAGCUCUUGGAGUUCGAAGGCAUUUGCAGCGAGCAGAUGCUGCUCUCGCACACGCCCUUCCGACCACUGGCAGAGCGCUUCCGCCAGAGGCGGGUGCUGCUGGUGGGUUCGGCCGAGACGGCCCAGGUGGCGCGCAGCUACGGCUUUGCGGUGGGGACCAUGGCAGUGCGCAGUACUCAGAUCGUGAAGGGAACUGAGGACAUCUUUCCCUGGCCCAGGGCCACCUGUGAUUUGCCUGCGAUCAAUGUCAAUGCUCCCGGCGAGCCUCCAAUCGAGGCGGUGCUCAUCUUCUAUGAGCCUGCGGAUUGGGCGCUGGAGCUUCAGGUGAUCACCGACGUCCUCGCUGGGGGCCAUCCGUUGGGCGCAGAAGGCGCGGGCGCGGCUGCGCUCCAGCGGGCGGAGGUGUAUUCCUCGAACUCGGAUUUCCUGUGGCAGGCCGGCUACCCGGUGCCCCGCUUCGGGAACGGCGCCUUCGUGUGCGCCCUACAGGAGUUGUGGCUGAAGCGCUCUGGGAGUCCUCUGCAGAUCCAGGAGUAUGGCAAGCCCUAUGCGGUGCAGUUCCAAGCUGCGCGCCAACUGUUGUCCCAAGUGGCCAAGAGCAACGAAUUCGAGCAGAUCUACAUGAUCGGUGACAAUCCCAAGGCCGACGUGCGCGGUGCCAACUUUGCUGGAGACCCCUGGAGGUCGAUGCUGGUUUGCACAGGUGGCGCGGGCGGCGCCGCGGGAGGAAGCGGCAGACCUUUUGGGGGAGUUGAAAGAAGAAAAACGAAGAGGGGAGGGAAGAAUAUGAGGAUGUUUUGGGCGUGGUCUUUUUCACCCUAGUGCAGUUUGAAAAGACGAAAACCUGUUGGUCACUCUCAGCUUUUGAUGCUUUGACUGGCACCUUGAACUUGGAUUGACCACGAACCGGCCG